AUGAGAUAUUUUGAUCAUAGAUCUGCUUUGAAGUUUAAUAAUCUCAGAUUUAUUUUUUAUUGUAAGAAUAUAACUAUUCGAAAAUAUAGUAGUAAAGCAAGUUCGAACCAUAUACUGAAACAAAAGGAAGAAUUACUACAUGGAAUGAAUCGUUUGUUAAAAAAAACCAUUGAUUUCAAAUUCAGCAUCCCCCGUAAAAAUAAACUGAUGAUUGAUAAAGAUCUAGAACAGUUUCUAAAAAGAUCGAAUGAAGCAAAUAAUUUAAAAGAUUUCGAUGGUACUUAUCUACCGGACACUUUUGGCUCGAAUCAGAAUAUUCCUAUUGAUCCUGCUAUUGAACGAGAGUUAAAUUUAAUUUUAUCACAUUUUCAAGCGCCAAUAGAUUUUGCCUUUGGAUAUGGAUCUGGUGUUUUUAAGCAAAAUGGAUAUGAUAAUCUUAAGGGUUCUAAUAAACCUCAGAUUGAUCUUAUAUUCGGUGUCAAAGAUCCUCUGAAAUUUCACAAAAUCAAUAUAUACCAAAACCCAGACCAUUAUUCCUCUUUAAAGUGGUGUGGCUCAAGUGUUAUAUCAUAUUUCCAAGAUAUCGGUGCUGGCAUAUAUUUUAACCCAUUUGUGAAUAUUGCUGGACGUGAAGUAAAAUAUGGGGUAGUCUCACUAGAGAGAAUCGUACAAGAUCUUUGUACCUGGGAUAGCUUCUAUCUUGCUGGUAGAUUGCAAAAGCCUGUCAAAAUUUUGAAAGACAAUAAUAUAAUCAAAUACUGGAAUCAAUUAAAUUUAAAGAGUGCAGCUACUGUCGCCAAAUAUUUAUUACAUAACGAUAACACAGUGAAAUCUAGACUAGAUGAAUUCGAAUUCUAUCAAAGGAUUGCUGGACUAAGUUAUAUAGGUGAUAUUAGGUAUACACUUGGUGGUGAGAAUCCAAAUAAAGUUAAUAAUAUUGUAGAGAAAAAUUUUCAUAAUUUUCAAAAAUAUUAUGGUUCCAUAUACGAAGAUGUUAUAUUCCACAAUAGAGAUUAUCUACCAUUAGGCUAUUCUUUAGACAAUUGUUUAAAGACUUUAAGAAGUCAUAUACAGAGAACAAGUAUUUUGCAAACUUUAAAAGGUAUUGCAACAGCUGGUGCUACAAAAUCAUUCAAAUACGCCUGGAGUAAAAAAAUGAAAGCUUGGAAAGGGAAAUAA